AGCUUGGGCCACUACAUUAUUAGAACAAUCAAACAUGUCUAGCAAAAAGGAGAAGAAACACUCGAAAAGAAGAAGGAAGCUGUCUUGUAAGAGAAGGAAAUCUGAAAAAGAGCAGUCAAAUGAAAAGUGCCAAGUGUUCACGGUAGAAGUCCCAUCGCCAAAUUCCGGCAGAAGUACUCACUCCACCACAGAUCCUGCAACGCGGGAAACUAUUGAGACAGCCAUAGAAGAAAUCAAGCGAGACAGAGAAGAGAUUGCAGCAGAGAAGCGAAAGAUUUGGCAAUUUUGGCAUAACACCAAUGUCCAUCCAAUGUCUCGAUUUGUGCUAUCUAUGCCACCGACACAUUGGUCAUAUCUAUCGAUCAUUGUCUGCUGCUGUGUGAAAAUAGUCUUUUGUUUGUGCAUACUUAGCAAGCUCUUGCAUACUUACGAUGCACCGCUGAUAUAUAUGAUGUGUUUUAUGAUCAUAAAUGCUGGGUCAACAUUCGUAACGAUUGAAUUGCUUCUAAAACGUAAACAAAGAAUGGUGCUCAUUUGUGCGUUAGUCGAUGCACUGGUAAUAGUUAUCAUGAUAAUUCUGUUGGCUUUGAUAAGUGAUAAAGAAGACGAAGGAAAUAUACCCGUGGAGAGAGUAGCUGCGACAACAGUUGUCAUAGCGUUUCUUGAGCUGUUGUGCCUUCUACAUCACUUUCAUGUGUACAAGUCGCAAGUCGCGCAAGACAUAGAAGGCGUUGAAUUGCCAUGCACUUGCGGUAUUGAGCGACCCGCCUCGCAUCACAGCAGAAGCUCCAAAAGAAAAUCACGAAGCAAGACUAGAAGUAGCUCAAAAAGAAAAAGUCGACGAAGAAGACGGCACACAAGCCGACGAGUUAGACGGAAAGGUACCCGCCGUUCACUGAGCGACCGUUCUUCUUCGUAUGGUCGGCACCGAACUAGGCAAAUCCCAAUCAAAACUUCAUCGACUCAUAGCGAUCGUCAUUCUUGCUCACACGGUCCGCACCGAGCGAGACAAAUCCCGAUAAAGAUUGUUUCUCAUACGAGCAUCAAUGAGCACGAGUCACAGCCACGAGCUUAUACGAGGUGUGAGUAUUCAUCUACGAACUCUUCGCUUCCCAUGCGUUAUGUUAGGGAUCCGUACACGGGUGAAAUUCGCAGACUCUCGCAUACUUCUUUGUGAUAAACUACUAGUAUUCUAUCAAUCCUUUGUGAUAUCAAAGUGUUCUUCGUUCAUUUCUCUACUGCGGAAACCUGUGAAUCAUUCUGAUAUUGUAGCAUUAAUA